AGUUUUCAUCACCAAGUUCAGUAUUGUGUAAUACUCAAAGAAAUGGAAAAGUCAAGGGUAAAAAAGGGAAUAAAAGAAGAGGUUGACAACAAUAGUGAUUGGUUGUGGUUAAUGGACAAGGGUAUAUCUGGUCCAUUCAUUUGCAUUAGUCUAUUUUCAAUUCUUGUUCGAGUUGCUGUAUCUAUGCAUCCAUAUUCUGGAGCUGGUGAUUCACCAAAAUAUGGAGAUUUUGAAGCACAAAGACAUUGGAUGGAGAUCACAACCAAUUUACCUGUCAAUGAAUGGUAUCACAACAGCACUUGUAAUGAUCUUACUUAUUGGGGACUUGAUUAUCCACCACUUACUGCUUAUCAAAGUUAUGUUCAUGGGAUUUUUCUAAGAUUCUUCCAUCCAGAUUCGGUUUCACUUUAUUCCUCACGUGGCCAUGAAUCUUAUAUUGGAAAACUGCUAAUGAGGUGGACAGUUUUAACCUCUGAUGUCCUCAUAUUCUUUCCUGCAGUUCUAUGGUUUAUUAUAGUCUAUGCAAGCCAAUCAAAAGGGUAUAAAAGUAACUUACCAUGGCAUGUUGCAAUGAUUCUACUUAACCCAUGCCUCAUCCUUAUUGAUCAUGGUCAUUUUCAGUAUAACUGCAUAAGCUUAGGACUUACCAUUGGAGCUGUUGCAGCUUUACUUUGUGACAAAGAUCUUGUUGCUUCAUUCUUCUUCACUCUUGCUCUCAACCACAAACAGAUGAGUGCUUAUUUUGCUCCUGCAUUUUUCAGCUAUUUAUUGGGAAAAAGUUUAAGGUGUAAAAAUCCAGUUUUGGAGGUUGUGAAAUUGGGCAUAGUUGUUAUAGGAACAUUUGCUCUUAUUUGGUGGCCAUAUAUUCACUCCAAAGUUGCAAUUUUUGAGGUUGUGUCACGUUUGGCGCCUUUUGAGAGGGGAAUAUAUGAAGACUAUGUGGCUAAUUUUUGGUGCACAACUUCAGUCCUGAUUAAGUGGAAACAAUUAUUUACAACACAAUCACUGAAGCUGUUAAGUCUUACAAUCACUCUUUCUUCAUGUCUUCCUUCCAUGUUUCUACAAAUAAAGGCACCAAGUAAACGAGGUUUCCUCUAUGGACUUCUUAAUUCUGCUUUCUCCUUCUAUUUCUUCUCAUUUCAAGUACACGAGAAGUCAAUUCUUUUGGCAGUGUUGCCAGCAAGCCUGUUAGCAGUAGAAGAGCCUUUCCUUUUUCAAUGGCUAACACAAUUCGCCUUAUUCUCUAUGUUUCCUCUUUUACUUCGUGAUAAAUUACUUCUCCCAUAUAUCGCUCUUUAUGGCAUCUUCAUCUUCAUUCACUAUGGAAAACCUAAACCCAAACCCAAACCCAACACACAAAAACCUAUUUUUUUUGUAUCAUUUCUGAUUGUUUGUCUUCUUCUCUUGUCGCUUGUUCUUCACGUAAUUUAUCUGAAAGUAAACCCACCCAAGAAAUACCCUUUCCUCUUUGAAGCCAUCAUCAUGCUUCUUUGCUUCUCACAGUUUGUUUUCAUUGCUGUUUAUUCCAAUCGAAAGCAAUGGAUUUUGUCAAGGCAGUUGCUAGUUGAAGUCCAAAAGAAGAGGAUUUGA